UGGGGCUCCGGUGAUUCUUUUAAGCUUAAAGACAAUCCCUGAAAGCCCACUAUCUACUCGAUACGGCUAAUCGGGUUGGGCGCGUGCCGGGAUUUACUGUCAAAAAUUUCCCCGGACAGUCAUCCAUCCUGUCAAUACCUGGUAGUAGAUUGACCGUUCAACGCUCUCCUGAGUCAGAGUGAUGAGCCACCCUCGGAUCCUGUUCCUUGACGCUUAUGAUUCAUUCAGCAACAAUGUCGUCUCUCUUCUCAACACACUUCUGGAUGCCGAGGUCCAUGUCUUGCCCAUCGACUCCCCUCAGCUCGACCCGAAAUCCCCAACAUUUCAUGAUGCGUUAGUAGACGAGUUGCGGCGCUAUGAUGCCGUGGUCUGCGGACCCGGGCCAGGGUCACCCGACUCGGAAGCCGACGUCGGCUUGAUGAAACACAUAUGGCAACUCGAAGACGAACAUCUUCUUCCAGUGCUUGGGAUUUGUCUUGGCUUCCAGAGUCUCGCGGUCAGUUGCGGAGCAACUACGAAGAAACUCACAACUGGUCUUCACGGCAUGAUUCGUCAAAUAGACCAUAGAUCGGACGUUGCCGACUCAUCCGAAGGAAACAUCUUUACCGACAUACCCUCUUUCAGAGCCACGCUUUAUCACAGUCUGUGUGCAGAUAUCGGCCAAGGAUUAAUAUCUGAGGCGGACUGGCCAGCAUGGAGGUGGGCUUCCCCUGCUACUUUGCCUCAGGUCUUACCGCUAGCAUGGGUCGAGGAACCGAGGGACGGCUUCGUUGAACGCAUUCUUAUGGGCAUGAAACACACAUCGAAACCUUUCUGGGGGUUCCAGUACCACCCAGAGUCUAUAUGCUCAGAUUCUUCUGGUCACAGGGUCAUUUUGAAUUGGUUUGAACAAGCUCGUCGCUGGAGUGAACGGGCUGGUCGCAGGACCCAACCGAAUCGCAUAGAAGUGAUGCAUGACGCUAGGAACCCUAGCCUUCUUUCACAACCAAAAGUGGACGACUGGAUUCGUCAGAACGAGAGGGAUAUUGAUUGUCGAUAUACGUCUCGAAGUCUUCAUCUCCCUGCUCACGUUCAAGUUCCCGACGUUGUGGAACUCCUGCAAAGUGGAAAACAAGAUCAAAUCAUUCUCGACUCGGCCAGCGCCCAUGCGGAUCGAAUUGGAUUGGAUGUGAGGGGCCGUUACAGCAUCAUCGCUCUGGAUGUUGAGAAAGCAAUGCGGUUUGAAUACCAUGCAGGUGCCUCCCAGGUUGUCGCUUAUACGCCCUCAUCCACGGAGGCUGAGUGCAACACUCUAGAAACGAUGCGAAUUCAUGGCCAUGACACAAUCUGGCAUGUAUUGGCUAGGUUUCUUCAACCCAGGAGAACUAAACAAUGCUCUGCCGAAACCCCUUUCAUGGGAGGUUUUAUGGGCUACGCAACGUACGAGCUGGGCCUCGAAUGCAUUGAUGUUGAAACAUUCACGGACAGAGGCCAUCAGCGCCCCGAUUUGUGUUUUGCCUGGAUCACCAAAAGUAUCGUUAUCGAUCACCUGGAGAGCACCCUGCGUAUCCAAAACCUGCACUCUCCAGGUUCGGAUCCCGGCCAGUGGAUUGACGAGGUUGCCAGGACGCUGCAGAACUCGACACUGUGGGCUGAUGGUCUCCGCGUAAAUGUGGGCAACGUGGGCAGUACCAACUUUAAGAAGCACCUGACACCCCCAAUGACACCCACGGGAACCCUCUGUUCAACGAAAAUCCAAGUUCCAGACGCGGACGAGUAUGAGUGCAAAGUGCGUCAAUGCCAGGAUUUCAUUGCCGCUGGCGACUCGUAUGAGCUCUGCCUUACCGACCAGACAUCUAUCACUCGCUCGACGAGUGCUCCGGAAAGCGGCCCCCCUGACAUCUCCAGCAACAGCUGGGGCCCCUCGAGUGCAACCGAAACGCCAAGCUCAUGGCAAAUCUACCGAUCUCUACGGGCAUGUCAGCCGGCGCCGUUCGGCUCCUACAUCCGUCUUGGAGGAGCUACCCUGAUCAGCAGUUCUCCUGAGCGAUUCCUCGAGUAUAAUGGGGAUGGUCUUUGCUCAAUGCGGCCCAUGAAAGGUACCGUGCGCAAGUCUGAUGCAGUGGCCACGUUAGAACAAGCCGAAAGGAUCCUGCAUAUACCCAAGGAAGAGGCUGAGAACCUCAUGAUUGUCGAUCUAGUGAGGCACGACCUGCACAGCGUCUGUGGGCCCGGCCAUGUCAUCGUGCCUCAGUUGCUCAAGGUGGAGGAGUACGCUAGCGUCUUUCAGAUGAUCAGCGUUGUUCAAGGGCAACUCCCUGUUAAUGACGACGCGGACGCUGUAGGCGACGAUCAGGGGUAUAGCGGUCUUGACAUUUUGGCCGCCAGCUUGCCUCCGGGCAGCAUGACGGGCGCUCCAAAGAAGAGGAGCUGCCAGAUCCUGCAACAAAUCGAAGGACGCCGGGAGCGGAGUCUGUACUCGGGCGUUGUGGGUUACAUGGAUAUCGCCGGCCGUGGAGACUGGAGCGUCACCAUCCGCAGUCUGUUCCGUUGGGACGACGAGAUUGUGCACCAACACGACGGCACGGAACAGGAGGUCUGGCACAUUGGUGCUGGCGGGGCUGUCACGGCUUUGAGCACUCCCGAGGGCGAAAGGGAUGAGAUGAUGACAAAGUUGAAGGGACCCUUGGCUGUUUUUGAUUAAGAAUAUGAAUAGGCGUUUUGGAUGCUUUGAAUCGUGGCGAAGUUCUAGCUUAUGUAGGUCGAGGUGCAUAUGAUACUCAACGUAUCUGGUACGGAAGCGUGAUAAAGGGGCAUUGGUUGGCAUUAGAUCUACAGGUUGGCGGGUAGCACGGUUCAACAUUGGGAUAUACUGAAACUUUUCUCUCGCGCUAUGUAUAAAGUGCUUGCCUUUCUCAUUCUGUGGCAUUUGUUUUCAGAAUUUUCAAAAGAGGAACCAGUAGGCAACCAACAAUUUGGGUAGAUAAUUUUGCUGUUUAUAAAUCGAGGUCAUACACG